AUGGAGGUGACGUUCGAGACGACGCAGGGUCGCCGAUUCACCGUCGAGAUUUGGUACUUGUCCACCGUGCGGAGGAUCAAGGAGUACAUCCUGAAGCAGGAGGGCAUCCCCGUGGAGUCCCAGCGCCUCUUCUUCCAUGGCCAGGAGCUCGAGGACGACCGCGACACCCAGCACUACCCCAUCGUGGAGGGAUCCCACGUGAGCGUGUUCUUGGAGAAGGCGGAGAUGGAGGAUCACAAGGAGCUGGCGCAGUUCAACCCGCCGGCCGACGGGAUGGAGAUGGAGGUGCGCGUGGUCGUGCGCCAGCCGCCGCCGCCGCCAGUGUGCAACGACGGGAACGGGGUGGCCAAGGUUAACAAGCCGCAGCAGCGGAUGUCUGUGGAGGUGAAGUGGGGCGCCAAGGCCGUGACGUUGGAGGUGAGCGACAUGGACGCCGUCAAGGAGCUGCGGGCGGAGCUGGGCAGCGCGGCGCCGCACCUCCUCCUGCCGGACGACGGCGCCUACUUCUUCAUCUACAAGCAGAAUGUCAUGGAGGAGGAGCGCACGCUGCGCUGGCACGACGUCAAGAGCGGCGACACCAUCGAGAUCUUCAACGGCAGGGUCACCGGAGGCGCUUGAUUCAUCACACACAUGCAUGUUCCGUCGAUCAUCAGGUUUACAGAUCUGCAUUGGCCAUUGAGUCGUUAUGUUGCAUGGCACUCUAUCAUUUCUUUCGUGCAAAUUGGUGUAAUGUUGAGUUAACGAUCCUGAAAGAAAAAGGAUUACACCUGAAGAUCCUAUUUGUUGGGUUAAGAUGUUAACAAGAUCGAAGACCUAUUUUUUUUUAGGGGGUAAGCUCUCCACUUAA